UGUGUCACCUCACUGUUUUGAGUGAUGCUUGUUCAUGUCUAUGUAGAGCGAGCACAAGCGUGAGCCCGACGCUGACUUUUGUUGACUUAACGGCCACAGGUGUCGCAGUUAACAAGCAUUUCUGAUUAGCUAACGUUCUGUUAGAAAUAAAAUCCGCUAAUGCCAACAAUCGACCAGCCUCCACCACAAGUCAGACUCCAACAUAAACUUCAUGGAAGCACAAAACAACCAAAGUUAUAUCUAGUGAAGCCUGUCUUGCAAAACAGGAAUGUAACUUACGUCGGGGGGGUGUGGGGGGGGGGGGGGGGGGGACGACGACGACUAAGAUCAACAUCGGCCGGGCCUUUGGUUCAUGGAGCUACCUUCGUUUGGUAGGUUAAUAUUACUGCCAAGCAUGUGAAAUAUAUAGCGAUAUUGCGGUUUCAGCUGGCUAAUGUUGCUAAUGGUAAUCAAAAUGAUGCCUGUCAAUCAGACGCUCACGUCUACGUAAUGUGAGCACGAGCGUGAGCAACAGGACGCGGACUGUCAUUAACUUAACGGCCUCAGGUGUCACUGUCAACAAGCAAUUUCUGAUUCUUACAUCUAGCCCCUUUUAAAGGUAUAAUAUGCAAGAAUGAACUAAAAAAAAAAAACAAUGUAUAGACUGAUAAAAAAUAAUCCCUCUCAAUCAUCACUUGUGCCCCACUAAAAGUGUGUGGCGGUGUCUGUUUCUGCAGAGACCCUGCAGCCCUCUGCCUGUAUUUUCUCUUUUCUUAUUAUUUUGCUUUAGUCGGGAUGCUUCUGGGCGUCUGCAAACAGCCUUUAGGUCCCACGUAGGGAUGUAAACCCCCGCCAAUAACAGCACGCAGGGUGUGUGCAGCCCGUUCAUGUGGUCAAAUAUCGCAGCUUUGUCACGCCCCUCAGCUUCUGAUACCAAUUGGUACAAGUCCCCCUUUAAGCGGCCGUAUUUAACAAUCAGAAAAUAAUGUUUUAUUUCUCUGAUUAGCUGCUUUGUUCUCAGUAACGCCGCUCCCUCUCUUCAGUCACUCUAUAGAUCGCUCGACCAUUGUUUCUCUCUUUCUCCCUCUCGGCUUGUUGAGCCAAUGAGGAGUGGCCAAAUUUGAAUGCAGUGUGUUUACAAACAACAACCGACAACGGUUGCAUAUUAUACCUUUAAUGCCGAAUAUGGGCAUAUGUAAGUAAAUGUAUUAAAAACAGGUUGAUGUACAUGCAGUUUUACUAAUUAGUUUACGUGUUUAUAGAGUUUAAUUAACAGUUUUUAAACGAAAAAUCAGUAUCAGUUGAUUUGAUACGUUCCUUGUAGCCUAGAAUUUUAAAGACCUUGGUGAAAGUUGCUGAGCAUUAUUUGAAGAUGAAGAUAUUCAUUCUUAACUUUUUCAGUGUGAUUGAAGUGUAAUUAAUACAUUUUAAAGGUGCUCAAUAGGGAAUUCAGAGCAUUUCUAUUGCCUCCACACGGCUCUCAACAUGGUGACGGCUGAGCUGGUGGCUAGCAGCUAACGGGGCUAGCAGCUAACGGUGCUAACAGCGUUAAUAGUGCAAACAAGGGCAACAGUGCAUUUUACAUUUUUUAUAGUACUUUUUUUCCCCCACAAGAUUGAUCCAAGCUUUAAAAUGAACCAUUUUCUGUUAUGGCUCUGUCUUACAUGACUUCCUUUGAGGUUCAGACUACAGCCCAACAGUGAAAAUGUUCAUCAUGAGUGUACAAAAAUAGAAUAUAGGAUAGAACAAUACACAUUUCAACUGUAUUUUUUUUAUUGAUUAACUUGCUGACUAUCAGAUAAUGUAAAUGUUAAGUCCCAAUACCUUGAUAAUGUCUGUUACAGUUUAAUUUUGGUUUACUGUAUCUUAUUGUACGCAUGCAGCAUACAGAGAUUCAUAGCCCUUGCCCCUGACUAACAAAUGUGAAAUGCUUAAUGUUCCCAUUGCAAUGUUGGAAAUAACUUCUUGUAGAUAAGUGCCUCCUUAUUUGGUUGUCUGCUUCCAUGAGAGUCACUGGGGGCUGCACAAAACACCUGCUAUGGCUAACAGCAAGCUAAUUGCAGUUCCCAUAAGUGGACCAUGUGAUGUUGAGGUCAGAAAAUGCAUCUGAUAGUUUUCACAUUUUGUUGUGUUGUCUGUCUAUUGUUCUGUCGUGGUUACUUUGAGAACAUUAUAUUUUAACUAAUUACAAGUUGACCAAACCAGUUAUCACCCGAUGUUAUAUUCCAGUAUAGCUUUUCUGUUUACCAUUUGUCAGUUGAGAUCAGUAACCAAAUAUUCCUCAUGGGUGAUUAGCAAGUCCACCCUUUAAGUGCCAUAAAAGGCCACGAAGCAUGUUCGCCUAAACUCUGGGGAAAGAGCAUUAGAAGUGUACUAAUGACGAGGCUAAGACAUCCUCUCAUUCUACAGUAACUGUUGCCGCAGUGUUUGUCCUCAGCUGUGUUUGGACGACCAGAAAAAAAUGGCCAGCAAGUUAACACAAGAGCAGAUCACAGAGUACAAAGGAGUUUUCGAGAUGUUCGAUGAAGAGGGAAAUGGAGAUGUGAAGACACAGGAGCUGGAGAGGCUGAUGAGUUUAAUGGGGAUCAAUCCUACAAAGAGAGAGCUCAUCCAGAUGGCCAAAGAUGUGGACAAAGAUGGUAAAGGGUUAUUUAACUGUGACAGCUUCCUGGGUCUGAUGGCGCUGUACAACGAAAGAACCAAGAACCAGAACGCUGAACUCAGAGCUGCUUUUAAAGUGUUUGACAAAGAGGCCAAAGGGUAUAUUGACUGGAACACACUCAAAUAUGUACUGAUGAACGCAGGGGAACCACUUAAUGAGAUUGAGGCAGAGCAGAUGAUGAAGGAGGCGGAUAAAGAUGGAGAUGGAACCAUCAAUUAUGAAGAAUUUGUGGCCAUGAUGACCGGAGACUCAUUCAAAAUGAGCUGAAGACUGUGUGCAUAUUCUGCAGCUGUUGUGUUACAAGUACACACAAUUAUAAAAGAAAUAUUAUACUACAACAAACAAGUAUAUUGUGUUCAACAUAUUUCUAGUCGUAGGCUACAAAUGUCAUGUGUGCAAUCACAUGAAUAACUGUGCAAAUCCUUUGAAAUUAAAGUAAAAGAAAUCUA